UGACGUUUGCCACCAUUCUGUGCCGGAGAUACGAUAGGAUCUGUGAUGACCAGUUUCCAUCGUCUAAUUCGGGCAUUAAACUAUUCUUCUCUGCCUAACCCUUCACCCUCAGAGCCCGGUACCCGUUUGAUCGUUCGGUUCCACCCGUGUCGUGCAGUUUUAGUCUGGUGUCGUUGUGGUUUUGAGGUUAAAUCUGAAGAACAAUGUCGUCGGGAAGCCCAGAAUACUCGCCGUUCUUCGCAGUGAUGGGCGCAUCAGCAGCGAUGGUCUUCAGCGCAUUGGGUGCGGCAUACGGCACAGCAAAGAGUGGCACGGGUAUCGCUGCCAUGUCUGUGAUGCGUCCAGAGCUCAUCAUGAAGUCUAUCAUUCCUGUCGUCAUGGCGGGAAUCAUCGCUAUAUACGGCCUGGUCGUGGCCGUUCUCAUCGCCAACAACAUUUCAGACAAGAUCACUCUGUACAAGAGUUUCUUGCAUUUGGGUGCAGGGCUUAGCGUGGGUCUGAGUGGGCUGGCGGCCGGUUUCGCCAUUGGCAUCGUCGGAGACGCGGGCGUUCGCGGCACUGCUCAGCAGCCGCGCCUCUUCGUCGGCAUGAUCCUCAUUCUGAUCUUCGCUGAAGUCCUGGGUCUCUACGGCCUCAUUGUAGCUCUCAUUCUCUCAACCAAAUAAACUGGCAGUCGACACGCAACGCUGCUGUACCAGACGAAGGGGGACGUGGAGCUUGAAAAAUAAAGUGUGAAGGGGGGAAAAUAAAAGAAAACCUUAAACUAAAAAAACGAAUAUUAGAAGAAAGGAUGAAUUGAAAAGGUUCAACAGGCUCUUUUGCGUUUGGUUUUACACUGAAAGUGUACAGUCGUCCCAGUUUGAUAGUUUUGAUUUCUUGUAAAUGCAGUAUAUAGUGAUUUCGUCCUGUGUCUGUGAAGAUAAAAUAUAAUAAUAAUAAUAAUAAUAGUAGAAGUAAUAGAUCUCAUUCUCUGUUAGUUUCCCGCCCCCUCCUGCCUAUCGUUUUGUUAGCCAAUCAUGUGCUCUCUUUUGCUCUUUUCACGUUUAAAGGGACAAAAAACACGAAUGCCAUUGGUUCCUAUCUCUCUUCCUAUUACAUGAUUUGGGAGUUUUUUUUUAAAAAAUUUCCACAUUGAUGUGAGUGUUUGUAAAGUGGCAAAAAAAAAUGGAAUAGUUGUUUUUUCCACUGAUAUUAUUUAUAAAGAUAUUGUUCAUGACAAUGUACUUGGAGCUUCUCAAAUCCUCUGAUUGGUAUUUAUAUAUGCAUAAUAUAUAUAUAUAUAUAUAUAUAUAUAUAUAUAUAUACAGAUAUAUAAGAAUAGAGCUGCACCGGCUGGCUUUCCUGUACUGUCUAUAUACUGGGUUUGCUGGUGAGUGCAGUAUUGGGGAGUAUUUCAGCUCGAUGUGUGUAUUUAUGGUUGUUUUGUGUGAUUAGCCGAUGUUUGGUUGUAUUAAAGAUGUGUGUGUGCACCUCUGAGGGUGUCACAAGUUUAAUUUCCAUA